AGUAAUGAAACGAAGUAAAAGUUGGGCAUUCUGGAAUAGCUCAACUCAACCAACGGAACCCAAACCCACACAUCUUUCCAACACGGUGGUGAAAUCUAACCACUCAGCACUUACUAAAAAUGGAGAGGUUACUCCUGAUGAUGCCGUGUUGUAUAAACCUCACGAUAAAACCACCCAAUUUAACCAAAUCAAUACCCAUAAGAAUGAGAACUUGAAAGAGAAUUUGAUUGUUCCUGACUGGAACAAGUGCUUGCCUAAUUCGCAUACAACUGGUUUGUUUAACAGCAGCACAACGGCUAAUCCUUUACAGAGUUCUGAUUGGAAAGGAUUCUUGCAUCAAUUAUAUAACAAGAUUGGAUUCAGCAAGAAUGAAAAGUCAGAUCAAGAGUACAAGUUAUAUGGGAAAUCACUUGGAAUACUUCCUCACGAAAAACAAGGCUGUUUGCCAAAUUAUAACAAGUACUACCAAACAGAAUAUCAUUUCGACCAACAGACUCAAGUAGAAGAAGAUGCAACUGAUCCUAAUUCAAUCACUAUUGAUAAUGAUUCACUGGGAAAUCUACUCAUUAAUGAUGAUACCAAUAAAACACAAAUCAUCACCAGUAAACCUACUCAUUUAAAGAAAAUCAAGAAUAUACUUAUUAUUGGUGUGCAUGGCUUCUUUCCCACUAAAAUGAUUAGACCUAUUAUUGGUGCACCAAAGGGAACAUCCUUGAAAUUUGCCAAUGAAUCAGAGAAAGCUAUUAUUAGAUAUUGCAUUGAAAAUAAUUUGAUUACUGAAACCGAAUCAAGUGUAUCCAUUCAAAAGAUUGCUUUGGAGAAAGAUGGAAAGAUUUUUGAACGUGUUGAUUUCUUUACUGAAAUAUUAACUAAAUGGAAGACGGAACUUAACAAUGCUGAUUUUAUAUUCUUUGCUUCCCAUUCUCAAGGAUGUGUAGUAUCUGUGAUACUUCUUGCUAGGUUGAUAAGUGAAGGAAUAUUACUUGAUGCAAUCCAUAAACGUAUUGGUAUCUUAGGUAUGGCUGGUAUCAAUAAUGGUCCAUUCUAUGGAACUGACCAAUCAUUAUUCAUGAAGGCAUAUUCUACAAUUGAACAUGAUUCCCUACUUGAAUUAUUUGAAUUCACAAAAUUUGGAAGUAAGCAAUCGUUAGUAUAUACCAAGUCUAUUCAAACUGUAAUCAAUUACAAUGUCAAAAUUUGCUUUAUUGGAAGUAUAAAUGAUCAAUUGGUUCCGUUAUAUUCAGCAUUGGCUUCGCACAUUUUCCAUCCUAAUAUCUACCGAGCUUGUUAUAUCGAUUAUACAACCAAUACCCCCGAGUUUAUUCUGAAGUUGGUUAGUAUUUGCUGUGAAUUGAUGAAUAGAGGGUAUUUCGAUUGUAAUGUAUUAAAAGAAUUGAGUAUCUCAUUAGUCGGAAAUUUAACUGGUGGUGGACAUUCCAAAAUCUACAAUGAUGGUAAGGUAUAUGAUUUGGGUGUGAAGUUUAUUCUUGACACUGAUGAUAUAAUCAUUCCACCAAUACAAGAACAACCAGAAUUAAUGGGUCUACCAGAAGUCAAUCGAGUAUUUGUGAAACAAUUUAAUAUUUCUAAAAUUGGGACUAAUCCAUUCAUACUUCCAUGGUGUUUACGUAGUUUGUUAUUCAAUAUCGAACGGAACUACCAGAAUGGUAUAGAGGAGAUUAAAUUAUUGGAUGAAUUGUUUGAUUUGUGGAAACCAGAUAGUAAAGUUUUGAAGGAGUUGAAGUUUAGACUUAAGGGAUUGAAGUCUAGUAAACUUUAGGAUAUAUAUAUACAGCUAGCAUUAAUAAAAUAUGAGUUAUAGAAA